GGAACGGACAAUCAAUACACGCAGCUCCUGAAAUGUCCAUCACUUGGCGGUCACUGGGUGCUUGAACGGUCAACACAACUUGUCCUCGUUUAUUAGCGCCGUUUCGAAACACUUUCUGGUGCCAAGCACAUAUAAGUCCAACCUGGAGAGUCUCUCGGCUCGCGGAAGGUCCACCAUAAGGACGUACUCACUGCUACGGAAGAUUCAGAUCAAUAUCGCCUUCUAGAUUACUAUGAGUCUCACCGUCUGACUUGGCAUUUCGCUCCAUACUAUGUGGCACACCAUGCAUUUUGCUCUAUUCUAUGCGGCACGCCAUGCCAUCUUGGUUUCUCCGGCGACGUCAGCCACUCACUCAUCGUACGAAAAAGAUAUAAUAUCUCCUCCGCAUGGCACAUGGCGAUGUUGACUACAUUCCACCUUCGUUGAUCGAGGCCAAUCACUCAUUUUCUUUGCAUCUCAGAGCCAAGCGCAUCACAUUCACUUCUCGCCGUCGACAUGCAGAUCCGGAAAAUCACACUCCUGGCUUCGGCCAUCUCUACGGCCACUGCCCACUACACGUUCUCUCAGCUCGUCGUCAACGACGAGCUGGUCGGCUCUGACUGGACGUACAUUCGCGAGCACACUCGUGGCUACAUGCCAACCAAAGGCAGUGAGAUCCUGGAGAACGACUUUCGCUGCCAGCCUGGUGGAGCCUCUGGUGCAGGUACCGACGUCUACAGCGUGAAGUCAGGAGACAAGAUCGCAUUGAAGCAGGCCUUCGGCGGUACCGGCAUGGAACAUCCAGGUCCAGUUCAAGUCUACAUGAGUAAAGCACCUUCCGGAGACGUCAAGAGCUACGACGGAAGUGGCGAUUGGUUCAAAGUCAGCGAGCAGCUCUUGUGCUCCAGUCCUGGCAACGAAGCCAUUCUCGACAACGCCUGGUGCACAUACGGUGAAGACCGGAUCGAGUUCACCAUGCCAUCGACCAUUCCCGACGGUCAAUAUCUGGUUCGCGCCGAACACAUCCCUCUUCAUGGCGCCCACGUCGGAGAGGCGGAAUUCUACUACGCUUGCGCCCAGGUCGAACUCGCUGGGGGAUCCAAUGGCUCCGCUCCUUCACCAACCGUCAAAAUCCCUGGUGUCUACGCUGUUGACGAUGCCAGUAUCAACUUCAGCAUUUGGGGAGCUGAUAUCACUGAAUAUCCAGACGUCCCUGGCCCAGAGGUUGUCUCAGGAGGCCAAGUCCGUGGUAGCAAGGACGGAUCUUCUGAUGCUAUCGUCAAAGUGGCCAAGCGUGCCCUCGUAUCUGCACGAGGUCUUGCAGCAAGAGCCGGGGCAAUUGUCAGAGGCUGAGCGAGAGACAUGGGCUGUGGCCAGACCUCGCGAUCUGUUAUCAUUUCGAUUCACGCACUCUUUUGCUCGAGCAGCUGGACUUUGAGCUGUACACUUACUCUCACUUGUAUCUUAGUCGUACUUUUGGCAUUGCACCGUUGAAAAUUUACACUUAUAUCGGCG